AUGAAUAAGAGUUGUGAUUUUACCUCAUCAAAGCCUAUUCUAACCACUAAUAAUUCAACUAAUCAUAGCAAAAAAAGGAAGACUGUCCAAAAUGCUCUUUAGAAAUUCCAAGCAGAAAUUAUAGAAAAUCAAAAGCAUAUUAAAAUUUAGAGCAGCAUCAAGUAGCAAGUGAUUGAUCAAAUCGCCUAAACUAAAAAAGACAUUAGAAAUAUAUAAAAAUACACAUAAGCCAUCAAAAAUAAUUAACCUAGGGAUUAGAAGUUAACUAUGAAAAAAGAGUUGAAGUAGGAAUCAGAUCAAAUCAACAAAUUAUAAGCUGAAUGCUAACAAUAUCAAAGGAAUUGCAAUGAUUCAAGUUUGAAAAUUUUAAAAGAAUUAAGGAAGUUGACAGAUCUCUAAAGGAAUGUGAAUUAGAUGUAAAAUGAAUUAAGGAUUCAGUAGAAGGAAAAGGAAAAAAUCUAAAUUGAUGCAAUAAAUUAAAGAAAGAUCAUAAAGAACCAGGAAAUCCGCUGCAAUUAAUUGAGGGAGAUAACUGAGUUCAAUUACGAUAAAUUUCUUAAUGAGACACAGAAGUUAAAUAAUUGA